AUGAGACUGAAGGCGCAUUUGAGAAGGCGAUGUCGAGAGCGAGGUCUGAGCAAGUCAUCCACCACUGGAAAGACUUCAUUCCAUGGUGAGCUACAGAAGCUUACUACAAAGGAACUCAACAAAGCACAAUGUGAAAUCCUGAAGACCGUACAGAGAGAUGCAUUCAGUAAUGAACUGACAGCUAUACAGAACCAGUCUGGUAAAGGUAGUGAGAUGAAUGCAAACAAGAGACACAGGCGUAAGCAGCAAGGGUAUAGUCGCUUUCAUCGUCUUGACCCUUUCAUCGACGCUGAUGGGAUACUGAGAGUAGGUGGACGCCUGAGUUGUGCUGAAGGUUCCUAUGAAAGUAAGCAUCCAGCUAUUAUACCUCAGGACCACCAUAUUACAGAGUUGAUAAUACGACAUUGUCACAUUCAGACAGCUCACCAGGGACGAGGUAUGACCAUCAACCAACUGAGGUCCAGCGGCUUCUGGGUCUUAUCUGGGAGCUCAACAGUCUCUAGACUCAUAAGGAAGUGUGUCACAUGUCGUAGGCUACGUGGCGAAUCUCAAUGGCAGAAGAUGUCAAACCUGCCUAAGGACAGAGUUGAGCCUACACCACCCUUCACAUACAGCUGUAUGGACGUGUUUGGUCCAUGGGUAAUCAAAGAAGGCCGAAAGGAACUGAAAAGGUACGGCCUCCUCUUCAGUUGUAUGGCUUCUAGGGCUGUGCACAUUGAGACACUAAAUUCGAUGACAACCGACUCUUUCAUCAACGCUCUUCGACGAUUCCUAUCCAUUAGAGGUCCUGUGCGCCAGCUUCGUUCAGAUAGAGGCACUAACUUCAUCGGGGCUGAAGCUGAGCUAAGAGAAGGUAGUAAUACACACCAGGACAAGAUUCAGGAAUUUCUUCUGAGGAACGACUGUGAUUAUAUUCACUUCAAAUUCAAUGUCCCUUCGGCUAGUCACAUGGGAGGUGUAUGGGAAAGACAAAUACGCAGUAUACGUCGUGUGCUAGAAACAUUGCUGUAUGAAGCUGGACAGCAGCUUGAUGAUGAGUCCCUGCGCACCCUCAUGAACGAAGCAGCAGCUAUCGUAAAUAGCAGACCUCUGACUGUCGACAAUUUGAAUGACCCUACACAUCCUGAGCCCCUGACACCGAAUCAUCUUCUGACGAUGAAAACCAACGUGCUGUUGCCGCCUCCAGGACACUUCCAACGAGAGGACUUGUACUCUAGGAAAGAUGGAGGAGAGUUCAGCAUCUCGCUAACGAAUUCUGGAAGCGUUGGAAGCGAGAGUUUCUCCAGAGUCUUCAAUCACGUCAGAAAUGGACUUGCCCACAGCGUGAAGCCCGUAUAG